UACCUCUCCGCCUUCUGGAGAUUUCUUGGAAAUUGUCCGAACCCGGUGGACUCCGCACAUCUCAGAGGCUCCGCCCUCCCAGUGGCCAGCCAUCACGGGAUUGGGCGUGCGGGUUGGGUGUGCACAGUGGACUCCAAUCGCUUUGGCGCCUGCGGCUAAGUCAGGUGUGCAGGCGUGGAAGGCAUCCCAGCGAGUAUGGCGAGCUGGUGGCGUGUGUUUCCACGCGCAGCACGGCGCUACCCGUGGCCCACCAACGUGCUGCUCUACGCCGGCCUCUUUUCGGCGGGUGAUGCGGCGUGUGGCCACUCUAGCCGUCACCUUCCAUGGCAACUUCAACUACGUGUGGCUGCGGCUUCUGGAGCGCGCGCUGCCCGGGCGCGCGCCGCGCACGGUCCUGGCCAAGGUGCUGUGCGAUCAGACUGUCGGUGGGCCGAUUGCCCUCUCUGCCUUCUACGUCGGUAUGAGCAUUCUACAUGGAAAGGAUGACAUAUUUUUGGACCUGAAGCAGAAAUUCUGGAAUACAUAUAAGAGUGGUCUGAUGUACUGGCCUUUUGUGCAGCUGACCAACUUCAGCCUUGUCCCUGUGCACUGGAGAACAGCUUACACGGGACUGUGUGGUUUCCUCUGGGCCACCUUCCUAUGCUUUUCACAGCAGAGCGGCGAUGGCACAGUGAAGUCCAUGUUCAUCUUCUUUCUCAGGAAGGAGGCAGGUGACAGGCCACCAGAGAAGUGAGGAGUCCAGGACUCUCUUCAAGACUCAGUUUUGUUCCUCCGUUGCUCUCAAUCACCUGCAGCAGGCCUGCUUCACCAACCAGUUAUUAUCAGCUCCAUCACGAAGAAUUACUUAUUCCGUAGACCCACUGCUUUGAAACUAUCGAUGAUUUUUUUAACCAUAUGCAAACCUUUCCCAUUCAUUCCAGUCUGAAAGUCUUAUUUCCCUGAAGUUUUCACGUCUCUAAUGCUUGGUUAAAAUGACAACAGUGACAGGUGACAUUUUGAAGUUAUUAAUAUUUCUAUUCUAAUAUUAUCAGGCCAGUUAAACUAAAAAAAAAAAAAACUCCAGUUUUGAUUGUUUAGAUUUCUAGCCUAAACUCUCAGGCUAUUUCCUACAUACUUUGGGAUCAAACUGGCUUUUGUCCUUAUAGUAAGUUUCUAUCUGUAUAGAAUUCAGUCAAGAAGAUCAAAUAAUCAGCCUCCCCAAAUACCCUAUAAUAGUUUGUUAUUACAACAGCACUAAAAUUCCAUAAGCAGGCUAGGCGUUGGUGGCGCACGCCUUUAAUCCCAGCACUCAGGAGGCAGAGGCAGGCGGAUCUCUGUGAGUUCGAGGCCAGCCUGGUCUCCAGAUUGAGUGCCAGGAUAGGUUCCAAAGCUACACAGAGAAACCCUAUCUCCAAAAAAAAAAAAUUCCAUAAGCAGAUGUUUUUAUCUUCAAAAGAGAAUAGUGUUGGAUAUCUUCUGUAUAUCUUUUUUCUUUUCUUUUUAAGAUAGGGUCUUUCUGUCUUUCUUUGUGUAGCUCAGGCUGCCCUGGAACUCACUAUGUAGCCCAGGCUGGGCUUCAAGCUUCCAAGUGCUGAGAUUACAGGCAUGAGCCAUCAUGUCUUACUCUUCUACUUUUAUAUUGUACCAUCCAACUACAGUGCUCUUUAAUUGAUGCCUUCUGGCUUCGAGAAGAUACAGUUGACCAAAGCACUCUAGUUCCUACAUUGUGAAAUAAAAUAUUUGGUUGCUGAAAGAAUUAUAUUAAAUGAAAAUUCUAGAAAACUAAUCAUUUCCUUCCUCUCUAAGGAAGAGCUCUAGUCCAUACUGUACCAGUGUACACAGUUUGCAAUAAUCCUCCUGCCUCUGCUUCCAAAUGCUGGGAGUACAGACGUGAGCCACCCUGCCUGGCUGUGUGUGUGUGUGUGUGUGUGUGUGUGUGUGUGUGUGUGUGUGUGUGUGUGGUGCUAAGGAUAGAACCCAUUGCACAUGCCACGGUAUUGUACCUGUCAGGCAAGUGCUCUGUCACCAGCUGCACCCCAGGAUGCUGACAAUAUUCUUUUGCAGUUCAGCGCUUUAAAAUUCAGUAUCUUUAUACUUUAAAGUGGACACAAGAAACAUUAGUCAGUCUUUCACAUUUAUUUAGUUUGUCUAAUCUCAGCCAGUCACUGUCAGGUUUCAAAAUUAUCUAAAUAAGCAGGUAUGCAGGUGUGUGCCAUCUUGUUGGGAUGGAGGAGGAUCACUUCAGCCCAUGAGUUCUAGUCUGCACUGAACAAAACAGCAAGUACCUUUCUCAUAACCACAAAAACAAAAAUUUAAACUAUGAUUGCCUCAAGAAAUUUCAGCAAUCUCACCUAAAAAUUGCCCCCAUGGUUCUGUUGCUUCUAUAGGCAUACUUGACAAAUUUCAAGAUGUGAAACCCUGAAUUCUGAGUUUAUCUUGAGAAUGUAUAUUUAAAGUCAUUUUUAGAAUUCAUACUUGAAUUUCUAAGUGUGUAAUUUAUAUGUUUUGUAAUGUGUUUGUAUGAAUUAUGAGCAUGUAUUUUCUAAGUGUCCAAGUUAUUGGAAUGUAAUAGAUAUUAAUGUGUUUCAUAUCAGGGCAGCAGUAAGAACAUUUCUUGAGUGUAUACUUUUGAAAGUUGGGUGACUGAGCACUACCUGUAAUCUUAGUGCUCAGUAGGUAAAACCUGGGAUCCCUGAGGCAAGAUAGUUUUAGUUUGAACAGCAGAAUGGCAUCAAUGAGCUUAGGGUUCAGCAGCAGAUAUUGCAUCAGUACGAUGGUUUGGAUGAGAAUGACCCACAUAGGCUCAUAGAUUUGAAUGCUUAAACGUCAGGGAGUGGCGCUAUUUGAAAGGAUUAGGAGGCGUGGCCUUGUUGGAGUAGGUGUGGUCUUGUGGAAGAAGUGUAACUGGAGGUGGGAUAUGGGGUUUCUGAAGCCCCAAUGUCUCUCUCUCUCUUCCUGUUGCCUGUGGAUCCAGAUGUACAACUCUCAGCUACUUCUUCAGCACCAUGUGUGCCUGAAUGCCACCAUGCUUCUCACCACGAUGAUGAAGGGAGCAGGCCUUGGCCUGAGUACUGCCAUUUUGAGCUCAGGCUCUGUUUUACCUGCAGGGUGAAAUAAAGCUCAGGUUCCCAAGUCCUAAGGGAACUGAGAACCUUCCAAUGGCUGAGCAACCUCCUCCCUAAGCCAUAUUUUGCAUCUUUAGAACCCUAGAAACAUUGUGGUUGUUCCUAACACCAGAAGUAACAAAUGAAUCUGAUCAGUUGGGCUGAAUGGCUCCCAUUCUAUACUGAUUGACAAUGAUGGAACAUUCAAGGAAGCCCCUAAUCUCUAAAUCCUGAUUGGUGAAAAUUGUAACUGUAACUUGCCAACAAAUGUUUGAGAUUUUUGUGCUUAUAAACAUCACUUCUGACCCUACUUGGGGCUGUCAGGAGAAACAAGGCUCCUGAGUCCUUGUCCUGCAGCCCUGAUCAAUCAUUGACCUGCUUAUGUAGUGAUUUAAUAAAAUCUUCAGAACCCAUAA